GAGAGCAGCAGCCCUAGUGUGGGGCUUGUUGCACGUGGGGCGCGGACUGAGGGUGCAGAGAAGGGGGCGGCGCGCGCGUGCGUGUGCCGCGUAGGGGUGUUCGGUUGGGUUUUGAGUGUGGAACAAUUCGAUGCCGUCUGUAGUGGCUGAGAUUCCCGCGGCUGCAUCUCGGGGCUUCCUGGGGUGAGUCCCCUUCAUGAUCUGUCACCAGUGGUCUCGGAGACGCACCUCGCCGUGGGAACAUGAAUCUCUUACCUAAAAGCUCCAAGGAGUUUGGCUCUGUUGACUAUUGGGAGAAGUUCUUCCAACAGCGAGGGAAGAAAUCUUUCGAAUGGUAUGGAACCUACCUGGAACUCUGUGAAGUGCUGCACAAAUACAUCAAGCCCAGGGAAAAGCUGCUUGUUAUUGGCUGUGGCAACUCAGAGCUCAGUGAGCAACUGUAUGAUGUGGGCUAUCAAGAUAUCGUGAAUAUUGACAUCAGUGAGGUGGUAAUCAAGCAGAUGAAGGAGCGCAAUGCCAGCCGACGCCCCCACAUGAGCUUCUUAAAGAUGGACAUGACACAGAUGGAGUUUCCUGACGCCGCAUUCCAGGUGGUGUUGGACAAGGGCACACUGGAUGCUGUCCUGACAGACGAGGAGGAGCAGACCUUGCAGCGGGUGGACAGGAUGCUGGCUGAGGUUGGCCGGGUCCUGCAGGUGGGCGGUCGCUACCUCUGCAUCUCCCUGGCGCAGGCUCACAUCCUGAAGAAAGCAGUGGGUCACUUCUCUCGGGAGGGGUGGAUGGUGAGGGUACACCAAGUGGCCAGCAGCCAGGACCAGGUGUCUGAAGCAGAGCCUCGGUUCUCCCUGCCUGUCUUUGCCUUCGUCAUGACCAAGUUCAGGCCAGUCCCUGGCUCUGCCCUUCAGAUCUUUGAGCUGUGUACUCAGGAGCAGGGCAAGCCUGUGCGGCUGGAGAGUGCCGAUGGACUGGCUGAGGCCGUGCGGGAGCGGCAGCACUAUGCUUGGCUGUGUAGUCAGCUGCGCCGCAAGGCUGGGCUGGGGAGUGUGUCUCUGGACUUGUGCAGUGGGGACACUGGGGAGCCACGCUACACCCUCCACGUGGUGGACAACCCCACUGUGAAACCAUCGCGGGACAGUCAUUUUGCCAUUUUUAUCAUACCCCAGGGCCGAGAGACCGAGUGGCUCUUUGGCAUGGACGAGGGCCGGAAGCAGCUGGCAGCCAGCGCAGGCUUCAGGAGGUUGGUCACAGUGGCUCUUCAUCGUGGCCAGCGCUAUGAUGGCAUGGAAAGCAUUCAAGCAGAGCUGUCAACCAGAGUUAUGGAGCUGGCCCCGGCAGGGAUGCCUCCCCAGCAGCAGGUUCCCUUCCUGUCUGUGGGUGGGGACAUUGGAGUCCGGACUGUUCAGCACCAAGACCACAGUGCCCUGAGUGGUGACUAUGUUAUUGAGGACGUGCAAGGGGAAGAUAGGUGGUACUUUCGGCGGCUCAUCUUCCUCAGCAACAGGAACGUGGUGCAGUCGGAAGCCAGAUUGCUGAAGGAGGUGUCUCACCGAGCCCAGAAGAAACGGAAAAAGGACAGGAAGAAACAGCGGCCUGCUGAUGCUUCUGAGGAUGUCCCUCUUGCCCCUGGGCAGUCCAUCGAUAAGAGUUACCUCUGCUGUGAACACCAUAAAGCCAUGAUCGCUGGCCUUGCCCUGCUGAGAAACCCAGAGCUGCUCUUAGAGACUCCGCUGGCAUUAUUGGUGGUGGGUCUAGGAGGAGGUAGCCUCCCCCUCUUCGUUCAUGAUCAUUUCCCAAAGUCUCGUGUGGAUGCCGUUGAGAUUGACCCCUCCAUGUUGGAAGUGGCCACCCGGUGGUUUGGCUUCUCUCAGAGUGACCGGAUGAAGGUUCACAUUGCAGAUGGCCUGGCCUACAUUACCAGCCUGGCAGGAGGAGAAGCUCGACCCCACUAUGAUGUAAUCAUGUUUGAUGUAGACAGUAAGGAUCCGACACUGGGAAUGAGUUGUCCUCCCCCAGCGUUUGUGGACCAACUUUUCCUGCAGAAGGUCAAAAGCAUCCUGUCUCGUGAAGGUAUCUUUAUCCUUAACCUUGUGUGUCGUGAUGUGGAGUUAAAGGACUCAGUGCUGGCUGGACUCAAGGCAGCCUUCCCUCUCCUGUAUGUCCGGCGAAUUGAGGGCGAAGUGAAUGAGAUCCUGUUUUGUCAGCUGCAGCCAGAGCAGAAGCGUGCUACACCAGAGCUCCUGGAAAUGGCCCAGGCUUUGGAGCGGACCCUGAGGAAGCCUGGGCAGGGUUGGGAUGACACCUAUGUCCUGUCAGAUAUGCUGAAGACUGUAAAGAUUGUGUGAUCAGCUUUCUGCCCAGACUGAUGUGCACUGGGCUACUGGAGUAUGACACACAGGUCUUUUAGACCUCAUGUUUCUCUUGGUGAUAUCCCUCCUACCUUUUGGGAUGAUUGCUUUGAUUUUCUUUUUAGAAGUGUGGUUAUGGACGAAGAACAGGGCUGAGCAUCUGCUUCUGGAGGCUGAGGGAAGGCCAAGGGAGAAGUUACAGUUGGGCAGUGUCCUACUGUGGAUCUUCAGUGUCUUCCCAAAGGUCAUAUGUUGAAAGGUGACUCGGGCUGUGUGGAGGAGGUUAGGUCACCGGUGUGCCCUUGAAGGACUGUAGAGACACUGGCCUUUCUCUUUUGGCCACUGUCAGGUGAAACACUCAAACUACCAUAUCUUCCCUCCCAUGAUGCCCUGCUUCACCUCAAGCCCAAGGACAAUGGGUCUGCCCACUCAUGGCCUAGAACCAUGACUAAGCCAAUAAAUCUUUCUUCCUUGCAAGGAAGUUUGUUUUGAGUAUUUUUAUAGUAACUGAAAGCUAAGAGCAGUUUUCAGCUUCAUUUCCUAUAAUAUGUACCAAUGAAGACCAGCAUGUUCUAGCUGCUGACCUUUCCCCGCCCCUCACCUGACUCCAGGGCACUCACUAGCUUUUGUGGAGAAGGUUUUAGCACACAGACUCACUUCCUAUGACCCAUCUUUCCCAUUAAAGAAUGAUUUACUUUUGUAUUAAGGUCAGGCAAAUGAGUCUGUAUGAGAAUUUUUAAAAACUUGAUUAUUUUACAAUUUCACACAUAGGUAUACAAUUUCAUACAUAUAUGUACUUGUAUACAUGUAAUGUACUUUGAUUACAUUUCCCCAUCCCAUUAUUCCCUAUCGUCUCCCUCUCAAACAAUCCUUUUCCUAACAAAAAUUGCAUCUUUUUUGUCUUGGUAGUCCACUGCAUUUAAUUAGUGUUGCUUGCAUGACAAUAGGGGGGUUAUUUACUUGAGCACAGUGAUUACACCACUGUAGAGUAUUAUUUCCACUUCCACCCAGCAAACAUUAGCUGUAUAGCGCCUUGGGAAGGAGUGGGGCCUUAUGAGCCUUUCCCCCCUUUAUAAGACUUCUGCCUAACUUUGGACUUAGCACAUGCUGGGAAAGGAGAGUUGUGAACCUAAGGCCGUUAACUAAUUCUUAGGUCUAAAGCAAAUGCUGGGAGAAGAACAGGCAAUCCGGAGAAGAAACACCCAUGCCCCAUAGGUUGCCAGAAAGGUAUCCCUAGUGUGGCUAGGUCUUUACUGUGAGCCAGAAAUUUUAAGUGUGUAUGGGGGUAAGCUUCUGUGUAUUAAAGUGUUGGCCAAUCAGAAACCAUUUUGAAGACAUUUAACCCAUGUGCCAGAAAGAUUCAUCUUCCAUUUAAGAGAUAGCGUUUAGAAAUGCAGAAUGCCAGAGAGUCUGGAAUAAGCCCUGCCUCCGAGCAUAUUACAAAGAGCAAGCUGAGAGCUUGGAGACGAAACUAGAGUCUUACCUUGUUUUAACUCAAAUGUUCUAGAAUGGUGAUGAUUGGAUGCUGUGGUUCUCACAGUCUGGGAAAGUAUACAGUUUUCACUUUCCAGAACAAUCAGGGAACAGGUUGAGAAAAUGAUGAUACCUUGGUCCCUACCAAACUGUUGACAGAGGUUUCUGUCCCGCCUAGUCCCGCAACUGUUUAGUUCCAAAG